AUGAAUCGAUUUGGUGGCAAGAGAAAAUCGAAUGAGAAAACAAUUGAUGCAACCGAAAUCAUACAUGAUGAACUCACAAAUGAAAAGGUAAGCAAUGAAAGGGCUAGUGAAUACCUUCACCAAACUCACGUCGAGAAUGAGACUAUCAAAGAGAGCUUUCCAGACGAGGCAACGGCGAGGUCGGCGAGCGAGGCGGCGUCUAGUAGUAACAAGGGCAGCGAGGCAGCAGUACGAUGA